AUCACCGGCUUCUCCUCAUUUUUAUGCGUUUUUUUCCUCCUCAUUAGGCUAAUGGAUGUAAAACAAUAUUCAGAUCCUGUUAACGGGAUGAAAAAGUCUAAAGUGGAGUUUAAAUGAAGUCCGGACUCCUGUUGUUUUUAUCUCUCACCUGCGUUCCUCCUGUCAGGAGACUGACUGACUGGCUUCUACUUUACUUGAGGAGUGAAGAUGAAAAGUUUGCUCUUUGUCACCUUGUGUCUCUCGACGUGUCCCCUCAUGGUUGACGGACGACAUCCAACCUGUAACUUCCUGUUGGAGGUGGAGAGAGACCAGGCGGAGUGUCUGAGGAAGUUGAGGGAGGAGGACGCUGCCAGCAGUCAUAAAGAGCCAGGAUGCAAAGGAGCGUGGGACAACAUUGCAUGCUGGGAGCAAACUGAGAUUGGCGAGACUGUCACCAUCCCCUGUCCUCGAGUCCUCAAGACAGUAUUUGGUAGAAAUGGUAACAUUAGCAGGAACUGCACAUCAUCGGGAUGGUCGGAGGUUUUCCCAAACAUCACCAGUGUGUGUGGGGCGGACACGAGCCAGGAUAAGCUGGUCUUCUAUGUGGUCGUGCAGACGCUGUACACUCUGGGUCACAGUCUGUCUUUGAUCGCCCUCACCACAGGGAGUGCCAUCCUCUGUCUGUUUCGGAAGCUCCACUGCACCAGGAACUACAUCCACCUCAACCUCUUCUUUUCCUUCAUCCUGAGAGCCGUGGCUGUGUUGGUGAAAGACGACAUCCUCUUCAAUCGAAACUCUCAGUGCUCCAACCAGCCGUCACUGGUGGGAUGUAAAGCCAGCCUGGUGUUUUUUCAGUACUUCAUCAUGGCCAACUUCUUCUGGCUGCUGGUGGAAGGUCUCUACCUCCACACUCUGCUUGUUGUCAUCUUCUCCGAGAACAGACACUUUAUCGUCUACAUGUUCAUCGGCUGGGGAAUCCCCACGGUGUUCGUCUCUGCGUGGGUGAUGACGAGGAUUUAUCUGGAGGACACAGGAUGCUGGGAGAGGAAUGAUAAUCCCAUACCCAACUGGGUAAUCAACGGACCAAUUGGAUUCUCCAUUAUGGUGAACUUUAUCCUGUUCAUCAGCAUCAUUCGGAUCUUGGUUCAGAAGCUGAGGUGUCCCGACGUGGGCGGCAACGACCAAUCACAAUACAGGAGGUUGGCCAAAUCCACUCUGCUGCUGAUCCCUCUGUUUGGCAUCCACUAUGUGGUCUUCGUUUCUCUCAGUGAAUCCAUCGCAGAGGAUUAUAAAAUAUUCUUUGACCUGGCCCUCGGAUCCUUUCAGGGUCUGGUGGUGGCCAUUCUCUACUGCUUCCUAAACAGUGAGGUUCAAGGCGAGCUCAAGAGAAAGUGGCGGAGUAUGUGUCUGAAUUGCCGUCUGAGCAGAGAUCACCAUUUCAACAGCAAUUUCGCAUCAAGGAACGGCUCAGAGCACAUGAUGCAGUUUCACCGCAACUCCCGAACCCAGUCUAUUCUGCAGUCAGAGACCACAGUGCUGUGAAUAAAAAAUACCACAGUCUCCAGGUUGACCUGGGUCGAAUAGUUUUACAAAAUGAUUUCAACACAAAGUUAAGGGGAAGUACCACAUGGGUGGGACCUGCACAUUUUGGUUUUAGCUUUACAAAUCUUUGCAAGCAUUCAA